AUGAACGAUCAAUACGAUUGUUUAAAUAAAGCUCAAUUGAGCUUUGAAUAUUUGCAUACAAAUUCAACUACACAUACAUUUCUUUUUGGUGCAUUAGCUGAACUAGUUGAUAAUUCAAAAGAUGCCGGUGCAAAAAAUCUUAAUAUUUAUACAUGCAAAGAUCCAUGUUUACGUGGAGGUUUUUAUUUAGCAUUUUUAGAUGAUGGUUGUGGAAUGAAUUAUGAUGAUGUAUUCAAUGUAAUUGUUUUUGGUAAAUCAGCAAAACGUCAUAAUCUUGAUUCUAAUCAAAUUGGUCAAUAUGGUAAUGGUUUAAAAUCUGGUGCUAUGCGUAUAUCUAAUGAUUUAAUAUUAUUUACAAAAAAAGAUAAUAUUGGUACAUGUUUAUUUCUUUCACGUACAUUUCAUCAAGAAGAACAUAUAUCUCAAAUAAUAUGUCCAAUGCCUUGUUUUAAUUUAAUUAAUCAACAACCAAUUGAAAAUAUUGAUCAACAACAAUCAAAUGGUAGAUAUACAUAUAUAUAUGAUAAAAAUAAAUAUGAACUUGAAAUAUAUUUAAUUACAAAAUAUUCACCAUUUAAAACAAUGAAUGAUUUAUUUAAACAAUUUAAUUUAAUUAAAUCUUCUAGUGGAACAUUAAUUAUUUUAUUUAAUUUAAAAUUAUCUGAUAAUGGUGAAUCAGAAUUUAAUAUAAAAAUAGAUCCAUAUGAUAUAUUAAUUGAUUCAAAAAAUCGAAGAAAUUUAUUAGAUAAUGAUGAUGAUGAUAAUAAUAAUAAUAAUAGUAUUCCUUUAGAAUAUCGUUCAUUUCGUUCAUAUAUUUCAAUUCUUUAUUAUGAACCACGUAUGCGUAUAACAAUACAAGGACAACGUGUUAUAACAAAGAAAUUAUCAUAUACACUAUAUAAACCUCGACAAUAUCAAUUUAAAUCUACACGUUUUAAAACAUAUAGUGAACAAGAAAUAAAAAAAUAUGAACAAGAACUUUUAUUAUUAGAAGAACGUAUACGUGAAGUUGAUUCACAAGUUUAUCAUAUACAACAACAUAUUGAAAUAACAAUAUCAAUUAAUGAACGAAUACAUUUAAGAAAAUUACAAAUUCAUGCAACUGAAUUAAAAGAUAUUGCUAAUCGAUUACGUAAUAAUCUUAUAAAAAAACGUAUGGAAAUGAAUACAAUAAAAACAUUAACAUUUAUUUUUGGAUUAAAUAUACAAAAUCGAAUAGCAGAUGGUAUUUUUAUUUAUAAUUGUGGACGACUUAUUAAAAUGUAUGAAAAAUUUGGACAAUCAAAUAAAAAAACCUUAUAUUGUCGUGGUGUUAUUGGUAUUGUUGAUAUUCCUUCAAUAAUACUUGAACCUACACAUAAUAAACAAUCAUUUGCUGAUGAAAAAGAAUAUCAUUUUUUACUUAAAAAUAUGGGGGUAUAUAUGCGACAAUAUUGGACUGAUACAGGAAUUGAACAUUAUGUUAAAGAAUUUUGGGAAACCUAUGGUUAUCGAGAUGAUCAACUUGAUCGACCACCAUCAAAUGAUCCUGAAGCAGUCAAACAUCGUCAAGUAUCUAUUCCUAUGCUUAUUCAAUGUGAUAAAUGUUUAAAAUGGCGUCGUCUACCAUAUAAUAGUAAUACUAAAUCUUUAACACAAAUUCAACUUGAAUCAUGGCAAUGUUCCGAUAAUACUGAUGUUCUUAAUAAUACAUGUUCAGCAAAUGAAAAACUUGAUAUAAUACCUGAAGGAGAAUUGAAACAAAAAUCACAAGUAAUCAGUGGUAAAAAUCGUACAUCAUCACAAGAAAUUUUACCAUCAACUCGAUCUUUAGAAAAUAAUAAACGUAUAUCAAAUGCUGAAAUUUCAUCAACUACAAUAAAUACUAAUUCAAAAGUAUCUAUUCAUUCAAGUAUUAUUCCAUCAUCAUCUGAUAUUUCUCAAAAACGUUCUCAACCUUCAUCUCGUUCAUUAUCAAUAAAAACAACAAAAUCUAAAAAGAAACCAAAACGAUUUAAUUCCAAACAAUCAAUUAAAUCAAAAUCUAAAUUUCAUUAUGUCAGUAGUAGUGAUGAUGAAGAUGAAGAAGAAUCAUCUGUAUCAAUUACUCAACAAACACGUAAUCAAACAUCUGUUCGAUCUUCUUCACAUUCAAAUAUUCAACAGACUUCACUAACAGAUUCUGUAACAUCAACAAAUUAUGUUUAUUUAAUUGAUGAUGAUAAUACUGAUAUAAAAUCAAAUGUUUAUCUUACACCACCAACUAUUGGUGCACGUGUAUCGGCAAUGUAUCAAGGUGCUCGACGUUCUGGCAAAGUUUUAAGUGUAAAUGAUAAACGUGGCAUUUUUAAAAUGCGUUUUGAUGAAUUUCCAACAGCUGAAUUCGAUUAUUCAUUCAGUUAUAAAUCAUCAGCAUGGUCUUAUAUUGAUACAUCAUCAUCAUCAACAGAUCCUACAAUAACAUCAAUUGAAACAAUUGUAAGCGAACCAGAACCAUUAUUUACUAUUACAAAAAAAUUUCAAGCAUUAAUUAAAUUUAUGUUACCACCUGAUUGGAAAUUAACAGAUGAACAAAUUUCAUUGAUGAGUUAUGAUGAUCUUAGUCAAUUUGAUAUUGUAACUUUUAUGCAAUCUUAUCGAGAAAAAAUGACAAAAAUUGUUGAACAACAUAAAACUGAUGAAGCACAUUGGCGAACAUCAGUUCAACAUUUACAAAUAGAAGUAACUAAAUUACUUAAUCUUUCUGGAAUGUCAAUUCCAAUUGAUUGCUCAAUGGAAGAUUUUGAAGAAUAUAUUCAACAUUAUAUAACACAAGCUGGAAAAUCAUCUUGA